AUCAUGUGCUGAAUAAUUAAAGGCCCAAAACGUCUAUUAAGAAUAUCAAGAAAAUUGGAAAAUCGAGAAUAAUGGUGAAAAACGCAAAUGGCGGCAGCGAUAUCAGCGACUUUGGUGUUCGCUGCAAGACGACGUCCUUUGGUCUGUAGUUUAUCAUCGUCUUCUUCGAAACCAAACACGAGGAAGCUUGUUCUUUACUCCAAACCUGGUUGUUGUCUCUGCGAUGGUCUUAAAGAGAAGCUUAACGCUGCUUUCUCUCUCUCCUCUGGUUCUGAUUCACUCAACGACGUUACUCUUCAGGUGAGGGAUAUCACUACGAAUCCCAAGUGGGAAAGAGCGUAUCAGUAUGAGAUACCGGUCUUGGCUAAAGAAAAUUCUGAUGGCAAAGAGGAAGUUUUGCCGAGGUUAUCUCCACGUUUAAGUGCGGAAAUCAUACAGAAGAAGCUACUUGCUGCCUUUAGAUGAUCAAUUACGUGCACGACAACGAAAAAAGGAGAGAAGAAAACGUAUGUGCUGCUAUGCAACUUGUCGGCGACAUCUUGCAUCUCAGAAUUCUAUUUCUCUAAGUCAAACUGAAAGCAAGUUUGCUCAUGUAAACAUUCAUUAUCUAGGAUCAAAAUAUUUGCUACUUGCGCAAUCAUUUUUCGUCGAUCACUCGGAUUUUAUGAUCAAAUCCUUUAUCGCUCUUCUCGACAAAUACAUUACUACAUUCAUACUAUGAUAACAUAUUACUAUA